GCCAAAUGACAGCACAACAUACGUCAUUAGCUGUUCAACUGCAAGGUGUGCAUCAAAUCACCAAGUAAAAGAUAAGGUAAAGCCCAAGACACGUAGGAGAUUCUACGAAAUCUUCGUAUGAUUGGGGCAUCUGCUUCUAAAAUGAACAACGAAGUCCUGAAGAACUAAGCCCUAAUGCAAUACCAUCUUACGACCCUGAAAAUAUUUCGCCGUUAAAUAAGGGGGAUAUACAGACAGACAUACACAACCUCCAGUUGCUUUUUCCAUCCAACGCGUUUUUAUACCUGUAAUCUGAAAAGAAAAACGGCAAUAACAACAAUAUGGAUCUCCUAUUAUCUCUUCCGAUAGCUUCGUAUUUCGGCGGGUCGAUGCUCUCAUCAUGGUCGGGUUCAUUAAAUCUCCUAUUCUUCUAUAUGACUUGGAUGACGCUUGUGCUAUCCCAUCCGCCUCUAACGAUCGAGCUGGUUGGCACCUUAGCAGUGCGCAUAGUAUUUUGGCUGGUACCAUCGCUCUUCUUUCUCAUAUUCGAUUCGUUGGUUCCGAGCUUAGCGGAAUCUAUCAAGCUCUACGGCUCUAGAUCUGUACCUCGACGAAGCGCCGCCUCUUUGCUUUGCCAAAUCCUGCUCGCGGUCUUCAACCUCGCGCUCAGCACUGCCGUACAAGCUGGUAUCUCCAAAGGCGCGGGAACAUUCUUGCACCGACCGCUCUUCAAGACUAGCACGACACUGCCUCUUCCUUGGCAGAUCGCAAAGCAUAUCUUAAUGCUGUAUACUGCGCGCGAGAUUCUGACGUAUUACCUCCACCGAUUUGUGUUACACUCUCGGGGUAGAGUGGCAAAAUUACACGGCGCGUAUGCGCACUCGCGCAAGCACGCUGCCCCAUAUGCGCUGAUGUUAUACGCGGACCAUCCGCUGCCUCUCUUAUUUAACCGCACGUUGCCGGUAUACCUGCCAGCCAUGGUCAUCCAACCACAUCUACUUACAUAUUUCUUAUUUACCAUCCUGACGACAUUAGAGGAGACGAUGUCCAUGUCUGGCUACAGCAUCGUUCCGGGUAUUAUCAUGGGCGGCAUUGCGCGGCGCACUGCGACGCAUUAUGCAAGCGGCGGGCGCGGUAACUUUGGCGCUUGGGGACUGCUAGACUGGGCUAGCGGUACAAGCGUAGGCAAAGACGUGGUGGAGGAUAUCCACGACGAAGCAGAAAAGCAUGAGAUUAAGGAACGAGGCCGCAAAACUGUAAGCAACACAGGCAGUAUGAUACAAGAUGGGAUCAACGGCUUGAAAAAGGGCCGUAAGACCCGGAAGAGGAGCUUGGACUAGGGACAGUCUGAAAUUUUAUUUGGACCAAAAAAAGAAAAAGGGGGAUAUGAAGCGGUGCCAUGAAUUACGAUCUUGGAUAUAUGAAAUACAUACACUGGGAAAUAAUCAUGUUGGAGUUUGGU